UGUCGGUUGUGUUUCAAAAGUGCAUGUUUACGAAAGUUUAAUUUUUUACUAAUUCGGGAAUUCAAAUUAUUACUUUCGUACAUAUUGAUUUAUUUGAUUAAAACGUUUUCCGUGUAAUCACUAACAUGCCAAGAACAAAAAGACCAGUACGUAAACAAGAGAAAUGCUCGGAGGAUGACGAUACUUUGAAACGGCUGACCAAGCUUGUACAACAAAAGAAGGAUAAUGUGGAAGCCCACGCACGUAACGAACAAAUGAAUAUAGAGCUCGCCUUCAAAGUACUACUCGCAUCUAUCAGUAGCUCCCACUUGGAUAAAACACUCGGACAGUUGAAAACGGAGUCACAACAGAAAGAAACACAAGCAAGAAGAUCUAACACAAGAAAAGUCAGUCGGGCAGCAUCACAUGAUGAUGGCUAUCUCACAGAGAACUCGUCUCAAGGCUCGGGAGGGAAAGGCGCUACCAAGCUAAUGGCGCCCCCGUCAUUGUCGAAGACUGUCCGUCGGUCGCGAUCGGCGGACUCUCGAGUGCGCGCCACGCCCAUGUCGCGGCCGCAGCGUCGCCGCUCGCGCUCCGUCUACCGCACGCCCGCGUAUAACAAGGCGGCGCCGAGCACGCUACCGCCUAUCACGCCUAAGGUGAACCCGCAAGUGCCGCUGACGUUGCUGCGGCAGCCGCGCCAGGGCGAGAUGGUGGUGUCCAUGUCCGGCUCGCCCGUCAUGGUGCCCUCGUGCUACGCUUUGCAACCAGAAGAGAAAGCGAACUGCAACAUCCUCCUCACAGAUGGCACCAUGCUGUCCCUCCAGCCCAAGAAGUUGAGGGAGUCCCAAGCGUACAUCCCGUUCUCCCUCAUGAACAACAACGUGUUGACCCAGCUGAAGACACUCAAGGAUAGCCUGGAUCAGAUGGUCAAGCUCGGAGAAAAGGUCAUCACUAAAUAGUAUUGUGACAAAUAUAUUGUAGUGUAGUCCGGUCGUGGAAUGCAUAGAAAAUUGGACUUGACUAAGCCGGCCCCUAGACGAGCAAUUUUAUUGUCAAUAUCUUAUAUCACGUAUUGCGUAAUAUAAUUGUCCGUCAAGGGUUGAUAUUGAACAUAGCGCGCCUUCAAUCAAGUGUUAAAUAAACUGUUCAAUAAAAUUGCUCGUCUAGGGAGUUAUAAUUAGUAUCAUUCACUCAGGCAAUAACAUUGCUAUUUCGCUACAACCUCAUACUUGUAGAAAAGCCUAAUUAUGUAUAGUUCUUGCAAUCUACGAGUGCGCGGCGCCCUUAGUUGUGUGAGUGACCAUAUCUAUACACGCGUACAUGGCUCGCUCGCUACUGACUGCUCCGUCGGGUACGCACACCAACGAAAAUGUCUAUAUUACAAUUACAACUACAAAUAAAGGCUACGCGCACUCGUAGAUUGCAAGAACUAUACUCAUGUGUGAGAAAGAGAUGAGCAGUGAUCCGUCAACAUGAAUUUCUAUGUAGUCCAUGACCUUUAUUGCGUUAAUAGGGUGGUCAGAUAUUAUCACAAAUAUGGACAAUAUUUUGGUAAAAGGUAAGAAAGGUACCUGCCAAAUCGAUGAGUCUGAUUUUUUAUUAUUGACAGCCUCAGUACAAGGCUGAAAAGAAUACACGUCGACAUUUAUAAUUUUAAGAGCCCCCGUAGACUACAGACUUUUAGUCGGCCGAUAGUUUGACCAAAUCGGGGUUUCAGUACAUUAUUAUCGGCCGAAACAAAUCGCACCUUCAUACGUCUUCGUACUAAUUAAGCUUUCAAAAUAUCGGCCGACUAAAAGUCUGCAGUCUUCGGGGGCUCUAAGGUCAUUUGAAUAGUAUUGUUUCUUUGUUGAUUACUAACUCAGGUAACUUCCUACCUCUACUUUUUUUAUUGGUCCCUCAGACACACCAGUUAUAUAAAAGGAGUUUUGUGGUCCCCAAUAUUGAUGACUGUACAAAGGAGUUGCAAGGGGGGGAAUGUCUUGGGGGGCCAGUUCCAAAGUUUCAAAAGUGCUAGCCAAAUAGUUAUUGUCGAUUGUAUUAUUUUCGGACGACUGCUAUACUUAGUUUAUAUUUUUAGGUUAUAUUAUUUGUAAUUAGAGUUAUUGAAAAUUAAUGUUUUAAGAUGCAUGAGUAAUGGUGUUAAUUAAAUAAGUAAAAGUAAUCCAUUUUUGGGACUUCGACAGGACAUAUUUUAUUACAAGACACUAACUUUUCUCCACGUAUUUUUUUGCUACUUUACAUCGAGAAGCCAGAUGUCAGCAUUGGCUCUGAUGCUGGAUUGCAUAGACCGCGCACAAUGUAAAGAUUGUUCUGCGAAGCAGUGUCUCUAUCGGUAUUCGCUUCGCACCACCUGUCCACAUUCCACCAAAAAGAUCCAAAAAACGAAGAAUGUACUUUUGACGAACGUUCUUAAGUUUUGCGCGGCCUAUAUCAAGAUAGACGUUACACGCUCAUUUUCUCAUCAGUUCGGUUCAUCAAUCUGGUAAGAUUGACGCGAAACUGAACGUCUAACCAGUUGAUUGACGGACUGAUCAUUUCUUUUUGAUGUACUUUUAAGUACUGUCGCCAGAUUGAUGAUUGAUGUCUGAUUGAAACUGAAUGUGUAACCUUCAUCAGAGACCUAUUUAGCAUCCAAUGGCUACUACUGUAUGUAAAUUAGCUAUUAAUUUCAAUUAUUUUCGUAGUCCAGGCGUCUUAUUUUGUAUUGGGCUUGGGAGAUUGUGUUGUUUGAAUUGCUUGUGAGAUAUAUAAUUAUUUUUGUUAUGGCUGUUGUGUGGCCCAUACGAAUACUGAUGUAUAAAAUCAAUAGUUAUGUUUACUAGCAAAAUGUAUGCCAAAUAUUCAAAAUAUUAGUUUAAACAAUGACUUGUAUACUCUUAUACUACAUUGAUAUAAUAAAUACUUUGAGAGACGA